AACUUUGUCAGACGGACACACGCAGAAUGGAGACAAACUGACGCACCGUUACUCUCCGGACCGUUAACUUUUCUCCUCCCGUUUCAGUCCACAUACUACAAAAAGAGCGGGGAAAUCACUUAACAUUAGUUGUGGAUUCCCCCCCCCCCCCAGCGACUGAAUUCAUUUCCUGCUGUUUUCCCCUAUUUUGGACACUUUUACUGCGUAAUUACGCACGAUGCGCAAAAGGAUGGCUUCUCGUCGAAGACAGAAAACAGGAGUCCAAGCUGUUUUAUAUGUCUGCCUUUCUAUUUCAGUGGUUUUUUCCUACAAUAUAGACUUAGAACAUCCCGUGGUAUUCCGUGGACCUAAUUCGAGUUUUUUUGGCUAUUCGGUGCUGGAGCAUUACCACGACAACACACGCUGGGUCAUAGUCGGGGCCCCCAGGGCCAACUCGACCUACAGUAUGUCGGUGCACUCUCCUGGUGCUGUGUUCAAGUGUCGGCUGCACAGCAACCCUGAGCGUCGCUGCACAGAGAUGGACUUGGGAAGAGGAAACAGGCCCCGAGAGUCUUGUGGGAAGACGUGCCAAGGGGACAGAGAUGACGAGUGGAUGGGAGUAAGCCUGGCCCGCCAGAACAGAGCCGACGGCAGAAUACUGGCGUGUGCCCAUCGCUGGAAAAACGUCUACUACGACUCGGAGCAUAUCCUGCCGCAUGGGUACUGCUCCAUCAUUCAGCCCAAUCUCCAGGGCAGGACGCGGCCCCUCAUUCCUUGUUAUGAAGAUUAUAAGCAGAAGUACGGGGAAGAGCACGGCUCCUGCCAAGCUGGGAUAGCGGGAGUUUUUAUGGAGGAGCUGGUGGUGAUGGGAGCUCCGGGGUCCUACUACUGGACCGGGACUAUUAAGGUUUACAACCUGACCUCUGACACCUUCUACAGUCCAAACAAAGAUGAGGUCAACUCCCACAGAUACAGCUACCUUGGCUAUGCUGUGACCGCGGGACAUUUCUCCUCUCCCAAUGCAAUCGACAUAGCCGCAGGGGCCCCUCAGCACAACGGCAGCGGGAAGGUUUACAUCUUCAAGAUUGACGGUGUGUCGUUGGUGAAGAGUUUUCAAGCCUCAGGGAAAAUGAUGGGCUCUUACUUUGGCUCCUCAUUGUGUGCAGUUGAUUUGAACCAGGACGGCCUGUCAGACCUGCUGGUGGGGGCACCCAUGCACAGCCAGCUACGGGAUGAGGGCCGGGUGUCUGUGUACCUCAGCAAGGGCAACGGCGUCAUGGAGGAGCAGGCCGUAUUAACAGGGGACAACUCUUACAACGCUCACUUUGGAGAGUCCAUUUCCUCGAUUGGAGACAUCGACGAUGACGGCUACCAAGAUGUUGCCAUAGGAGCGCCCAAGGAAGAUGAUUACGGAGGAGCUGUUUAUAUCUACCAUGGGGAUGCCGCAGGAAUCAUCAGAAAAUACUCAAUGAAAAUAACUGGGCGCAGUGUCAGUCCUGGUCUCCAGAUGUUCGGCCAGUCCAUAUCUGGCAGUGUGGACAUGGACGGCAACGGAUACACAGAUGUCACAAUUGGAGCUUUUAUGGCAGACAGUGUGGUGCUUCUGAGGUCCCGGCCUGUCGUUACGGUGGACGUCUCCAUCUUCUUGCCUGCGUCCAUCAACAUCUCUGUGCCUCAGUGUCAUGAGGCUCUCCAGAACAUAAACUGCUUCAACGUCACGGUCUGCAUGCGCUUCCGUGGGCGACAACUUCCAGGACAAAUAGAGUUGCUGUACAACCUGACGGCUGAUGUGGAUAAGAGACAAAAGAGCCUGCCGUCCCGCGUCUACUUUAUUCAGAGCGGCUCUCAGAUCAGCCAGAAGAGCCAACAGCUCAGCCUGGACAUCAACAAGGAGGAGUGCCAACGCUACACAGCCUACGUCAAAAAAGACGCAAAGGACGUGUUCACGGCCAUCGCAUUUGAGGUGGCAUACAGCUUGGGGAAGCAUGUACUGACUGGACACCAGGAGCGAGACAUGCCCGCCCUUACCCCGGUGCUACGAUGGAGGAAAGGACAGAAGAUUGCAGUGAGAAAUGAGACUUGGUUUGAGAAGAACUGUCUGUCAGAUGACUGUGCUGCUGACCUGAGACUCCAUGGGAAGCUGCUACUCUCUGGGGCCCAUAGCAAGCCCCAUUUGGCCCUCGGAGGAGUAAGGAACGUCUCGUUGAACCUUACCAUCGCUAACGCCGGUGACGACGCUUACGACACCAACAUCUAUCUCAACUUCUCCCGAGAGGUUUUCUAUAUCAAUUUCUGGCAGAAGGAAGAGAAGGGUAUUUCCUGUGAACUCGUCGACUUGGAUUUCCUCAAGUGCAGCGUGGGAUUUCCCUUCAUGAGAGCGCAGACCAAGUAUCAUUUUGCAGUCCUUUUUGACACAACUCAACUCUCUGGGGAAAAUGACACACUGCAGUUUUUGGUGCAAGCCAAGAGUGCCAACCCUGAGCACAAACUCUCUGACAACACUUUGGACAUCUCCAUCCCUCUUGUUCAUGAGACAGACACAACUAUUACUGGCAUGGUGACACCUAGCUCCUUUGUGUAUGGAAACUCCAUUGACUCGUCGCGCUUCAUCCAGAUAGAAGACAUGGAGUGCGACUUUCAGCCUCUCAAUCUCACUUUCCAGGUGAUAAACAACGGGCCCAGCCGGCUGCCAGGCUCCACUGUGGACAUCAGGAUCCCCAACCGACUUGCUGGCAACGGAGCGGACAUGUUCCACGUGGUUGAGACGCAGGUGGCAGACGGCCGAGGAAACUGCACCCCACACAGGAACCCGACACCCUGCUCCAUCCCGCAGGACCGAGAGAGCAUCUUCCACUCCAUAUUCGCCUUCUUUACCAAAACAGGCCGCAAAGUCUUGGACUGUGACAGGCCGGGGAGAGCGUGCAUGACCAUCUCCUGCAGCUUAGGUCCGCAGCUCAAAGAAGAAGCUCUGAGUAUAGACACUAAACUUCUGCUCAAUACGGAAAUACUGAAAAGGGACUCUUCCUCUGUGAUUCAGUUAGUGGCACGGGGCCACGUACAAGUGAAUGACAGGACUGUGGAGGUGCCAAAAGGCCUGCCAGAAGACAUCUCUCUGAUCUUUGAGGCCCUCCACAGUCAGGAGCCCCGAGGUUACGUAGUGGGUUGGAUCAUCGCCAUCAGUCUGCUGGUGGGGAUCCUCAUCUUCUUGCUACUUGCUGUGCUGCUAUGGAAGAUGGGUUUCUUCCGUCGGCGAUAUCGCGAGAUCAUCGAGGCCGAGCGGAACAGGAAGGACAGCGAUGAAAGCUGGGACUGGAUGGAGAAGAACCACUGAGACUGCUGGUGGUUCUGGUGGUUCUGGUGGCCAAGUGGUGUUUGGAGAUUGGGUCACAAGUGGAUCCAAAAAACUCAGAGCUCCUUUGCGGCCUCGGUGGCUCCAGGCCUGUCAAACCUUCCAUAUGUGGAAGAAGAAGAAGAAUAUUCUCCUAAUUUUCUGGAGACUUUUUUUGUGGGAUGGGGAAGGAAGCGUGGGGGUGGAUGCAGGGACUUGUGAGGUGGUCUGCCGGACGAUGUAAAAAUCCACUGACCUCCAGGUGGCAGCGUGGAGCUCUCGGCUGAAGAAUGGAGAUAUUGGUGGACGACAAAAACCUCAGGGCUGUUUUUUGUUAUACACUUUAAGCCAUAUUGUGCAAAGUGGGCUAUGGAGGUUGUAAACAUACUUUGUGUAUGUUUUCCUAAAGCACUGAUGUCUGAUACGCCUCAUAGAUCUAGCCUACCUAGAUCACCUUGGACUCUUGGAUGUUCACUUCCUCCUUUGAAAUACACUUUGUUAUCAUUAUUUCUUUAUUGGCCAAUGUCCAGUUGCUGGGUGCCAUGGAAGAGCACGUUUUGUGCACCGCUGUUGUGUGCAAAAAAACAGCACGCAGCAGACUAACCCAAAAUAUUGUGGCCACAACAAUAGGUACACUUGCACAUUCUAAUGAGAACUUUUAACGUUUCAGGGUCGGACAUGUUGACCCCUGUAUGAUAAAGAUGAUCAAGUAAAAACGACUCACCCUUUGACGAUUAAGUAGCAAAACGGAAAGGUGCAAACCGAUGCUUUAUAAGGAAUUAAUACAAACCUCAAAACCGGUGAAGUUGGCACGUUGUGUAAAUGGUAAAUAAAAACAGAAUACAAUGAUUUGCAAAUCCUUUUCAACCUAUAUUCAAUUGAAUACAUUGCAAAGGCAAGAUACUUAACGUUCAAACUGGAAAACUUUGUUAUUUUUUGCAAAUAUUAGCUCAUUUGGAAUUUGAUGCUUGCAAAUGUUUCAAAUAAGCUGGCACAAGUGGCAAAAAAAAAAGUUGAGGAAUGCUCAUCAAACACUUAUUUGGAACAUCCCACAGGUAAACAGGCUAAUUGGGAACAGGUGGGUGCCAUGAUUGGGUAUAAAAGCAGCUUCCAUGAAAUGCUCAGCCAUUCACAAACAAGGAUGGGGCGAGGGUCACCACUUUGUGAACAAUUUGCGCGAGCAAAUUGUCGAACAGUUUAAGAACAACAUUUCUCAACGAGCUAUUGCAAGGAAUUUAGGGAUUUCACCAUCUACGGUCCAUAAUAUCAUCAGUGUGUAAAGGAUAUCACCACAUGGGCUCAAGAACACUUCAGAAAACCACUGUCAGUAACUACAGUUGGUCGCUACAUUUGUAAGUGCAAGUUAAAACUAUACUAUGCAAAGCCAAAGCCAUUUAUCAACAACACCCAGAAACGCCGCCGGCUUCGCUGGGCCCGAGCUCAUCUAAGAUGGACUGAUGCAAAGUGGAAAAGUGUUCUGUAGUCUGACGAGUCCAUAUUUCAAAUUGUUUUUGGAAACUGUGGACGUCGUGUCCUCCGGACCAAAGAGGAAAAGAACCAUCCGGAUUGUUCUAGGCGCAAAGUUCAAAAGCCAGCAUCUGUGAUGGUAUAGGGGUGUAUUAGUGCCCUCGGCAUGGGUAACUUACACAUCUGUGAAGGCACCAUGAAUGCUGAAAGGUACAUACAGGUUUUGGAGCAACAUUUGUUGCCAUCCAAGCAACGUUAUCAUGGACGCCCCUGCUUAUUUCAGCAAGACAAUGCCAAGCCACGUCUUACAACAGCGUGGCUUCAUAGUAAAAAAGUGCGGGUACUUGACUGGCCUGCCUGUAGUCCAGACCUGUCUCCCAUUGAAAAUGUGUGGCGCAAUAUGAAGCCUAAAAUACCACAACGGAGACCCCGGACUGUUGAACAACUUAAGCUGUACAUCAAUCAAGAAUGGGAAAUAAUUCCACCUGAAAAGCUUCAAAAAUGUGUCUCCUCAGUUCCCAAACAUUUACUGAGUGUUGUUAAAAGGAAAGACCAUGUAACACAGUGGUAAAAAUGCCCCUCUGCCAACUUUUUUUCAGUGUGUUGCUGCCAUUAAAUUCUAAGUUAAUGAUUAUUUGCAAAAAAAAAAAUAGUUUCUCAGUUCGAACAUUAAAUAUCUUGUCUUUGCAGUCUAUUCAAUUGAAUAUAAGUUGAAAAGGAUUUGCAAAUCAUUGUGUUCUGUUUUUAUUUACGAAUUACACAACGUGCCAACUUCACUGGUUUAGGGUUUUGUAAGUGUUUUAUUUUGUAUAGUGUGUAUACAAAUUUGACCCUUCCAAUUCUGGCUCCAUGGUUAUCAUCACCAAAACACAUACAAAUCUGGCUGCGGGGGGGGAGGAGUGUUUUUCAUUGCUCACAAUGUCUUGUUUGAUUUUGAACAGUUAGUCGUUCUCCCCAAAAGCGUGGUUGAAAUUCAAUUUGUACUACUUUUAUAUACAGUAGUAUCCCAACUUACGGGCUUAAUUGGUUCUGUGACGUAGCUUUUGACUCAAAACAUUUUUUUAUUAAAAUCGACAUCUCCCGUUAAAAUGAAAUCAAACCGCACAAUUUUAACAUGUAACAUGCCUUUUAAAAACAACUUUUAGAAAAAAACAUUGUAUAAAAACAAUACGAUAUUAUGUACUACCAACGACUACAGUGUAUUUUAUGACGUAACGCAGAAACGAUAUAGAACUUUGUAAAUGAGAUCUCCUUCCAGCUGCUUCUCCAUCAAACACCCCAUCAGCAGCUUUUCCAUAUUUUCAUGGGUAAAUGUUUGCCGCUUAGAUAUUAUUUCAACAUUCUUGGCUUGGCUGCUUCACGACGGUGCAGACUGGCAGUGAUGCGCUCAAAUUCUUUCACCAAGUUGCUGACACACCCUGUCAUGAAUUUUGAUGAUUUAUUUCUUUAAUUCAAUCAAUAUCCACUUUUUCUCACUCACUUUCUCCCUUCCCAUGGUUGGAAAACAAAGUUACGUCCAUCUCCAGCUGUAAGUGAAUGCUAACUCAAAUGUGUGUAACCUAAAGCAUUACAGUUACUUAAAACACUCUUAAAUUGAGGUACCACUACUAAACAAUGUGGUAUGAAUACAAUAGCAAUUUUCACCUUUGAUUUAGGAGGGGGAAAAAAGGUAAACUUUUUGAUUGACACUGUCAUGCACCAUACUGAGACUGAGAGGGGUUUUAUAUUUGGAUGGUGGUGUUUACAUAUUGGGGACUCUCAGUGUGACGCACGUGUUAGGUUGUGCACGUGUCCCUAAUGUUGUGUCCUGACCCGUAUAGAUUCUCCAUGAAAUAAUUCACUGAGGGUGAACAGCUGAGCGUACUCACUUUUACUAUAAAGUUAUUUGACGUUCAGUCUGAAACCUGAGCUCAACCAGAUGCGAGCGUGUGUAUGUGUGUGUGUGUGUGUGUGUGUGUGUGUGUGUGUGUGUGUGUGUGUGAGAGAGAGAGAGAGAGAGAGAGAGAGAGAGAGAGGCUGGAUUCCCUCACAGCGGGUGGGGGGGCUGUAGUGUGAGUAAUACUCUAAAAAUAGGCAUACACAUAAACAACCUUUUUGGGGCCCCCUUUUUUUAAAAACAUAUGACCAAGCUGAAGAUGAUCUGCCUCCAUUAAAAGUGUUUAACAUCCCCCAAGGAAUAUUAACUACAUUUGGAAUACAGUAGAAAGCAAUGUAAAUACGGUGUCCCUCAAAAUGUAACUAUAUGAAGAAUUUUGUCCACUUGAAAAUCUUCAAUGCAAAAUGACACAAAUGUUUUCGCUUUUGCCUUCCGUUACUACUCUUUAGAUCAAAUAUGUUUGCAUAAAAUAAUUUAGGGAACUCAAAAUGUGCAAUGCCAAAGAUCUAUUUUUUUGUUUAACUUCCUGUUGUGUUGCUUAUGAAUUCCACUGACAGCACAUACUGUACAUACUGUACACCUUCAAAGUUUGUCAUGCAAUGCAGACCCAAUGAGAGAGACUUGAUGUUGUCUGGUGGAGUCCAUUUGAACUGUGAUGGAUGUACUUCUGUUGGUUUGCUGUCACGCUCUUUUGUUGUUGUUGUUUUGUUUUUUUUGUUCUGAAUAUACUACUGUCACUGAAUAUAAUUUAGAUUAUAGAGUGUUUGAAUUUUUCUAAGAGAUGGAGUAAAGUUGUAUAUUUAUCUGAUGAUAAAUUUUAGAGUGUAACAAGUGGU